UCGUUCUUGUGUUAAUUUUUUCCUCAAAAUAAGUAAACUAUUUCUGAAAAAUAACGCUUUUGUCUUUUAUGUUGUUUCAAUUUUGCUUAAGUUAUUGACUUGGCAGCAUGCAGUGUUCGUAUUUUAUUGUAUUUCUUGAAUCUUGAUCAUUCUUACAGAUCUGUUAGUGAUUUUGAUAAGGAUCGAAUCUUGAACGUUUGUAUUUUCAGAAAUUUGUCUGAGCAGGCACGUGAAAGAUUUUAAUCAGAUCAAUUGCAAGUGUUUACACAUAAGCUGCUAACUACAAGUAUCUUUGUUCUUAGAAAAAUUGAAAACCCGAGGUUGAAGUUGAUUUUUGCCACAGGAUAGAUUCAAGAUUUCAGUGUUUUGUGUGUUAUAUUUUGAAAGAUGUUUAUAUUUGAUGUUUGUGGAGAGGAACAACUGUGUGAAUGUAAUGUCACGAGUCAAAUGGUGGAAUAUAGUUGUUUAUGUUAUACAAGUAGUUGUACAUAGUACUCAUCGAAAGCAAGCGUAAUCAAUUCAACUUUUUAAUCUAUUCCACUUGCCGGCUAAUUUUGCUGUUCUUGUCUAGAUUCUUUUCUUUGAGUGUUUAUAUAUAUAGUAGCCAAGAUAGUUGUAGGUAUGAAACCAUCAUUUACAAAAUUGUUAGUUUUUUACUUAAUUGAGUUCUUUGAUCGGAAGGAAUGAUCAAAAAGAUGUCGUUUCUUUGGAAAAAUUUAUUCAUCUUCUUCUUAACAAUAAUUGUAUUGAAAGGAGAAGAAGUUGUUGCUCAAGAAAAGCAAGCAUGCUUGCCUACAGACACUGGUCCUGUCAUACCAACAACCCCGUUAGUAAUUUUUCUCGAAAAGCUUCAAGAAACGGCCCUUAAUACUUAUGGUCACAAAGGAUUUGACCCCAAAUUAUAUGUGGACAUGUCCCUAAGAUUCAAUCUUUCUGAGACCCAUGAAGCCUUUAACAAGCUCCCCAGGACUGACAAUGGCUCUGUAUUGGCACCUCAUUUGAAUGGAUUUCUCAGUGAAUAUAUGAAUGCUGCUGGCGAUGAUCUGGUGUAUGUUGAGCCGGUUGAUUUUGUUGCCCAGCCUGCUGGAUUUUUGCCUAAUGUGGAUAAUCUUGAGGUGAGGGCUUGGGCAUUGGAGGUACAUUCCCUUUGGAAGAAUCUGAGUCGCCAAGUGUCAGACCAGGUUCUAGACCACCCGGAUUUGCAUUCGUUGUUGCCUCUGGCAAGCCCAGUUAUGAUUCCAGGUUCACGGUUUCGUGAGGUAUAUUAUUGGGAUUCUUAUUGGGUAAUAAGGGGCUUGCUUGCAAGUAAGAUGUAUGAGACCGCCAAAGGUAUUGUUACGAAUCUUGUAUCACUGAUUGAAAAUUUUGGACAUGUCCUUAAUGGUGCAAGGGCAUAUUAUACCAAUAGAAGCCAGCCUCCACUUUUAAGUGCGAUGAUAGUAGAUAUAUAUAACAGAACUAGUGAUUUGGACUUUGUUCGAAAGUCUCUGCCAUCCCUGAUCACUGAGCAUAACUUUUGGAAUUCAGGUAUACAUAGGAUGAACAUCCAGGAUAGUCAAGGAAAAACUCAUUAUUUGAGUCGUUACUAUGCAAUGUGGAAUGAACCGAGGCCAGAAUCAUCAACUAUUGACAAAGAAACUGCUGGCAAGCUCUCGAAUUUUUGUGAGAAACAGCAUCUGUACCGUGAACUAGCUUCAGCUGCUGAGUCCGGCUGGGACUUCAGUUCAAGAUGGAUGAGGAAUGCUUCUGAUCUCACAACUUUGUGUACAACAUCAAUUAUACCUGUAGACUUGAAUGCAUUUAUACUUAAGAUGGAACUUGACAUAUCCUACUUGGCACAUGUUUCCCAAGAUGAGAGCACUGCUGAGCACUUUGCAGAAGCAUCAAAAGCCAGACAAACUGCAAUGAACACGGUCUUGUGGAAUGAAGAAAUGGGACAAUGGCUUGAUUACUGGAUAGAUGCCAACUCUUCUAGCCAGGGUACUUACAAAUGGAAGGCAUCAGACCAAAAUCAAAGUGUAUUUGCCUCAAACUUCAUCCCUUUGUGGACUCAGCCAUUUAACUCAGACGAUGAUCUGGUGGAUAAAGUUUCUAAAAGCCUUCAACAUUCAGGCCUUCUCCGUGAUGCAGGGAUUGCAACUUCUUUGGCAAAUACAGGACAGCAAUGGGAUUUUCCAAAUGGCUGGGCUCCACUUCAACACAUGAUCGUCGAAGGCCUAGUAAAGUCUGGAUCUAAAGAGGCAAGGUCCUUGGCAGAGGACAUUGCAAUGAAAUGGAUCAAUACCAACUAUGCUGCAUACAAAAAAACUGGUACCAUGCAUGAAAAAUAUGAUGUGGAAAAGUGUGGAGCAUUUGGCGGUGGUGGCGAAUAUGUACCCCAAACUGGGUUUGGCUGGUCGAAUGGAGUUGUCUUGGCUUUCUUGGAAGAAUUCGGAUGGCCUGAAGACUUGAAAAUAGGUUGCUAGUGACAGGAACUUGUGGUUUAAUAUAUAUAGAUUUUACUGAUGUUCAAAAGAUGAUUUCUUAGUAGUGCAACUUAUAAGCAGCUAAUGUGUUGCAGAUUGCUGUAUAAUUAUGCUUCUAUCUCAAAUAUAUUUCUUUUUAAUUAAA